CAACACCCUGUUUGAGAGGAUUUUUCACAAAUUGACAAAGAAGCAACAUAAAGAAAAACUGCAUUUUUCAGUACUUGAAAGAGCAAAAAACGCAUAACCAUGCAACUCUUGAGGGCACUAGGAUUCUUCCACGUAAACAUGCUCUUACUUAGUGCCACUCUGGGGACAGGGAUUUUUGUGACUCCUAAAGGAGCAUUAAAAUACUCCUCACUGAACAUCCCUGUCUUCUUAAGUAUUUGGGCAGGCUGUGGCAUGCUGGCCAUAAUGAAUGCUCUCUGUCUUGCAGAGAUGGCAGCCACCUACCCUGUGAGUGGAGCAUCUUAUUAUUUCCUCAGAAGAACUCUUGGAUCCUCUGUUGCUUUUCUAAGUGUCUGGAUUAAACUUUUUAGUCAUUUUUCAGGCAUUGGUUCUCUGUGCCUGCUAAUAGCUAGUUCUCUAAUCCAGUGUUUCUAUUAUGGGUGCCCAGCUCCAGAACUAGCAACAAAAUGUCUGGCUUUGGCUGUUUUGUGGUCAGUCGGAAUUCUCAAUGCUCGAGGGAUAAAAACAGUGGCUUGGUUUAAUACCAUCAGCAGUUUUAUAAAGCUGAGUGUUCUUUGUCUCAUUUCUCUAACUGGGAUUGUGCUGUUAGUGAUUGGCAAAAAGGAGAAUGUGUCCAGAUUUGAGAAUGCUUUGGAUGCUGAACUUCCUAACGUCUCACAGAUUGCAGAUGCCAUUCUCCAAGUGUACUAUUCAUAUCUAGGAUCAUCCAUCCUCAUCAUCUUAGCAGGAGAAAUAAAAAGGCCAACUGAAACAAUUCCAAAAACAUUAAUUUAUGGUCUAUGCUUUGUGACUGUGUUAUACUUACUGACUAAUAUAUCAUACUUGACAGUUUUGACAUCCACGGAAAUCAUCUCUUCAGAUUCUGUUGGUGUCACUUGGAUGAAUAGAGUCUUUCCUUCGAUACAAUGGAUAAUUUCUUUGUUGAUCUCAGCUGUCCUACUUGACUCUGCUUCUUGUGGAAUAGCUUCAGCAUCAAGAGUAUUCUACUCUGCAAGUCAAGGUGGACAACUUCCUUUAAUCUACUCAAUGCUUAAUGACCAUCACUCUCCAGUCAUAGCUGUCAUUCAGAUUGUUAUUUUAUCUUCUGUUGCAAUAAUAUCUUCAAAUAUAAUCUAUUUAGUGAAAUAUGUCAGUCUAGGAGCAUGGUGUUUGAAUGUGUUGCAUAUGAUCGCAUUGCUUAAGCUAAGGUACCAGAACCCUGAUCUACCAAGACCUUAUAAGGUGUGGCUGCCAUUUAUAUUUGGAUCUAUAGCUUCAUCACUUUUCCUCAUUUUCACUCCAGUGAUUCAGUCUCCUAGUGUACAGCAUGUCUAUCAAGUUGUGUUUCUUUUCUGUGGACUUCUGUGUUAUUGGUUUCAAGCUAACCUUAAUAGACAUGCUGUUUGUUUUGACACAAUCACUUGCUACUGCCAAUUGCUCUUCAAUGUCUCCCCAUCUGAAGACCAAGAAAAAUUAAUUCCUUCUCUAAAUCCCGCAUAAAGAAGUAUAUUUGAAAAGAAAAAAGCAAAACUUUUUAAAAAUGAGUACAAUUUUAUUGCAAUUUUGGUUUUAGGCACAUAUGCUCUUAAACACAUGCUUGCUCACAUUAUGCCCAUCCCCCCAAAAUUGCUGUAAAUUUUCAAUUCCACCUCUUGAACAUCUUUAUCUUACAAAUAAUUGGUAGAAAUAAGAUUAAAG